AAUGUGCACUCAUCCAGCGACCUUCUAACACAAACCAAAUUCGCAGUUCAGCUCAAUAUUGCCCUCUGUUCCUCAACUCCAGCACACAAUUUUCUAAUCAAUAUCGUCCUUAUUUCUUCUUCAAGUUUGAGAGCUCGGCUCCUCUGUCGUUGUAUUUGGAACUGAAGGAUUGAAGGAGGGUGAGUCGCGGCGCAUUUUGGUGCAAGUGCUUCCCGUGUAUCAGAGAUUCGGGAUUCAAAGAAACAAGAUGAUUGCCCAGUAUGGGUCUGCCAUCGGCGGGUUCAUGCUCCUACAAGCGAUGAUCCAGAAAUACUUCCCUGCCAUGCUCCGCGACCUCCUGGAGCGUUACUUCCACAAAUUGGUGAGCUUCUUCGAUCCCUACGUCGAGAUCUCGUUCCCUGAGUUCACGGGCAGGUAUAUGGAGCGCAGCGAGGCCUUCACCGCCAUUCAAAACUACCUCACCGAGAACGCCACUUCCCGGGCCAAGAGGCUCAAGGCAGAUUCCGUCAAAGACAACCGGUCCCUCAUCCUGAGCAUGGCCGAUCACGAGGAGGUUGCCGACGAAUACAAGGGCGUGAAGAUCACUUGGUCCUCGAACAAAAUCGUCCCGCCGAGCACGAUUCUCUCGUUUCAUUCCGUGGCGCAGAACCAGAGGUACUACAAGCUCACGUUCCACCAGCGUCACAGGAAUUUGAUCACUCAAUCUUAUAUCGACCACGUACUGACCGAAGGAAAGGCGAUCACAAGCAAAAACCGGCGGCGGAAGCUCUACACAAACGACCCGCAAGACUGCACGUGGAUCCCUGCGGUUUUCAAGCACCCCGCGACAUUCGAGACCCUGGCUAUGCACCCGGACAGGAAGAAGGACAUAAUGAACGACCUCACGAAAUUCACUGAGCGGAAAGAGUACUACGCUAAGAUCGGCAAGGCUUGGAAGCGCGGGUAUCUGCUUCAUGGUCCGCCUGGGACCGGUAAGUCCACCAUGAUUGCUGCGAUGGCUAAUUUCUUGACCUACGACGUGUACGACCUAGAGCUCACGGCGGUUAAAAAUAACACGGAACUGAGGAGGCUUCUGAUCGAUACCUCGAGCAAGGCUAUCAUAGUGAUUGAGGACAUUGAUUGCUCGCUUGAUCUCACGGGCCAGAGGAAGGAGGCAGGGGAAGAUGACAAAGACAAGGAGGACGACAAGGAUGAUAACCCCCUAAAGAAGAUGACCAAAAAAGAGCAGAAAAGCAGCAAGGUCACUUUGUCGGGUCUUCUUAACGUCAUUGAUGGAAUUUGGUCUGCUUGUGGUGGGGAAAGAAUCAUAGUAUUUACGACUAAUCACCUCGACAAGCUCGACCCUGCUCUUAUACGUAGAGGAAGGAUGGAUAAGCACAUCGAGAUGUCGUAUUGUUGCUUUGAAUCAUUCAAGGUCCUCGCGAUAAAUUAUCUGAAUAUCGAGCACCAUCAGCUUUUCGAAACAAUUAGCCGGCUGUUUGGCGAGACUAAAAUGACUCCUGCCGACGUCGCGGAAAACUUGAUGCCUAAGUUUGACAACGAAGAUGUGGAGGUUUGCUUGAGGCACUUGAUAGAAGCGCUCGAAGCAGCGAAGAAGAAAACCGAGAAAGACGCACAGUUGAAGGCAAAAAAGGAAAAGCAAGAGAAGAGAUUGAAGUGGUGGAGAGAAGCUAAAAAGAGGUGGAAAAUCUGCUGAAGAAGGGAAACUGAGCGGUUUACUGGAGAAGCGAGAGACGAUGGAAUGGCCAUGCAACUCAGAUGGGAUCAAAUUGAAGUCAUUGAACAGAUUUUGGAAGAGUAGUAUUAAAUGUGGAAAUAUUUAGUAGUCCAGAUGAAUUUUUCUUGCCCUGUUGUUACUCUGUAAUAAGUUUACUCCUUUUAGCUAGUGCAGAUCAUUGGGUUCUAUGUUUGCUUCUUCUUCUUCUUGUUUCUUUUUUAUUUUUUAUAUUUUUAGCUGUCGGAACUUCUGCUAAACAAUCGUGACUCCUUUGAUUUCCUCUA